AUGGAAAACAGAACUGAACGGAAUGAGGAUAUUAAGAUUGAUGAGCAAAUUUUAAGAUGAGUUUAUAAGGAGUGAACCGGAAGUGAACUAUUGGAAGUUAAACAUUUGUAUUGGAGUGUGUAUAAUUUUGAUGCAAACAAGUUUGAUUAUUUUUAUAAUAAGAUGGAGCAGAUUGGGCUGAGGUUUAUUCAGAGACUCAAUAUUUCAGGAUCUAGGAAUGUUAAGGUUGCUAAAAAGUUUUUGAGGAUUUCUUUUAUUAAAGAAAUGUCAAUUUUUUCAUUUAUUUCGCCUCACUUAGAAAGUAAAAAGUACAGAUGUUUUCAUAAACAAGUUUUGAAGUUCCUUCCAAGAGUAACAAAGCAUAUCUCAUUGCAAUGAUGACAAAUUAACAAGAACCAAUUUCGUAAAAUUAUCCAAAUCGGAAGGCAUAUCGAAAAUAUUGACUUUGUAUUAUGAAACAUCACUUUUGCUGGCCUCAAGCUAACAGAAUCCCUGGUUUACUCUAUCAAAUCAAUUUGCUUUUACUUUUUCAACGAUCCCCAAAUACAGCCUGUCAAAGAGAUCAUUGAGAGCUUGAGAAACUUCAUCCAAGCUGCCUCUGCCACAUCUAUCAAAACAUCUCUGAUAAAGAUAUACACUGACAUCCCCACAGCCAAACUAUCCAUCAGGAACUAUGCAAAAGAGUUAGGGUUUCGUAACAUAUAAAGCUCCAGUC